AUGAAGUUCACAGCAGCCUUCAAAGCAUUGGUAUUGUUAUUUGUCAUGAUAGCCAUUAUAGUGUGGCUAAAAAUAAACUUCAAUACGCCAGGACGUUAUACAGGAAACAAUCCCUUUGGCCCAAUGCCGAAAUGCAACAAUUCAAAAGAGGAAAUAGACCGCAUUGUGCAAUUAACGUACAAAGUGCAUGCCGUCUUGGAAAGUAUGGGCAUCGAUUGCUGGUUGAUGUAUGGUUCGUUGUGGGGGCCUUUGCGAGGUAUUGAGGGUCCCCUCCCAUGGGACGACGACGUCGAUCUUGCAAUAAAAGGUGACGAAAACUUUAGCCAACUGAAAUUUGAAGAAUUUGAGGCCAAAUUUACGAAUGCCGGUCUGCUGAUAGAAAAUAGAUUGCGUCUUCAUUCUAGAGUAACUGUUUCUGAAAAAGGCGUGUGGCCAUUUCUGGAUCUAUUUGUGUUUUAUGAUUAUAAGGGAAUGAUGAAGAGGCCUGGAAUUGAGCCAUGGAUUGAGCCAAUCCAUUUUCAACUAUACCACUCCUUUCCUUCAAGAUUGAUAGAAAGACCGCUGCCCAAAGUAAAGUUCGGCUUUUUUUCUAUUUCUGUUCCGAGAAAUGGGAUUGAAAUAAUGAAACAUUUGUAUCCAAAAAGCUGGUGGAAAGUGGAAAAGCCAGUAAACUGCAAGUAA